AUGGCGGUAGGUGCGACCACCACCCCCCGCCCCCCACGCCCUCGGGCACGGCGCCGCGGGCCGGGCCAGAGGCGCUGGCAGCCGGUCACGGUGGGGGACCCUACGGCACGCCCCGGCUGCACCGCGCUGACGGACGGCCGCGGCCGCGGCGCCGCUGGCCCCGCGCGCGUCGCGCUCGACAGAAGGACGCGUUGUGCGAGGACGCGUGUGACACGGGACGAGGGAACAGACGAUAUUCCUCCAGAUACGAAACUCCUGUUGAAGAAGGCUUUCGAUGCCUUCGACCGCGAGAAGAGCGGUUCCAUCAGCACAGACAUGGUGGGCGAGAUCUUGAGGAUGCUGGAGCACCCUGUGAGCGAUGACCAUCUUAAAGAGAUCAUUGCUGAAGUCGACGCAGACGGUUCCGGACAACUGGAGUUUGAGGAGUUCUGUGAUCUCGCCGCUAGGUUCUUGAUUGAGGAGGAUGCUGAGGCAAUGCAGCAAGAGUUACGCGAAGCUUUCCGUCUUUAUGACAAGGAAGGUAACGGUUACAUCAGUACAAGUGUGCUCCGCGAAAUUCUUAGAGAAUUAGACGACAAAGUCACAAAUGAAGAUCUGGACAUGAUGAUUGAAGAAAUUGACUCUGAUGGAUCUGGCACCGUGGACUUCGAUGGGGUUAACAUCUAUCCUAUCCAGGGGGAUGAUCUAGAUAAGUCUCAAAUUGAACUAUUGAAGAAAGCAUUCGAUGCCUUCGACCGUGAGAAAACAGGUUCCAUUGGUACGGACAUGGUGGGAGAGAUCUUAAAGAUGUUGGACCAUCCAGUGGACGACGAUAUUCUACAAGAAAUUCUCGAAGAAGUCGAUGCUGACGGUUCGGGCGAACUUGGAUUUGAGGAAUUUUGCACCCUGGCCGCUAGGUUCCUGGUUGAGGAAGAUGCUGAGGCCAUGCAACAAGAGUUGAGAGAAGCAUUCCGUUUGUAUGAUAAGGAAGGAAAUGGUUAUAUUACAACCACCGUUCUACGAGAAAUUCUAAAAGAGCUUGAUGACAAAAUCUCUAGCCAGGACCUGGAUCUCAUGAUUGAGGAAAUUGAUUCCGACGGUUCCGGAACCGUGGACUUUGAUGUUCUGAAGAAGGCCUUCGAUGCCUUCGACCGCGAGAAGAGCGGCUCCAUCAGCACAGACAUGGUGGGCGAGAUCUUGAGGAUGUUGGAGCACCCUGUCGAUGACGAGAUCCUCAAGGAGAUCAUCCAGGAGGUCGACGCAGACGGUUCCGGCCAGCUGGAGUUUGAGGAGUUCUGUGACUUGGCUGGCAGGUUCUUGAUUGAGGAGGACGCUGAAGCUAUGCAGGAAGAGCUCCGAGAGGCCUUCCGAUUGUAUGACAAGGAAGGAAACGGGUACAUCUCCACAAACGUGCUGCGUGAAAUUCUGAGGGAGUUGGACGACAAAGUCACCAAUGAGGAUCUGGAUAUGAUGAUUGAGGAAAUCGACUCUGACGGCUCCGGCACCGUUGACUUCGAUGAAUUCAUGGAGGUCAUGACUGGUGGAGACUAAAGGCUAAGAAUCGAGGCCCAAUGGAGAGAGAAUGAAAACCGAGAAGAGUCUGCUUUUGUUGUGUACCAUCAUGAUAAGAAGACAGAACAACUUUACCAAAAAUUACUAUAAGAUUUGUACAAAUAUAUACCACAAUGAGCAUUCACGUUAAAUGUUUAUUUGAAUAUUUUACGAACAAUAAAUAAAAUUGUUCACAUUACAAUAGUAAA